AUGGCCGCCUUCACCUCCCAGACCUACACCCCGACCGAGGAGACCGAGAUCCAGCAGUGGCUGACGACGGCGGAGCGCCUCAAAGCCGCCGACAAGGACGCCCGCAGCCCUAUCCUCGACGCCCUCAACGCCCACUUGUCCAGCCGCGCCACCCUGCUCGGGACCAAGCCCAGCACCGCCGACGUGGCCGUCUACGAGACGCUCGCUCCCCUGGUGGCUACCUGGACACCUGAGGAGCGCUCCGGAGAGGCCGGCCACCCCCACAUCGUCCGCCACAUCGACUUCGUCCAGAACUCCCCCCGCUUUGGACUGGCCGUUGCCGACGCCGACAAGGUCUCCGUCGACCACGAUGACGUUCGUCAUGUCAAGAAGCCCGUCGACGCCAAGGCCGAGAAGGAACGUCUGAAGAAGGAGAAGGCCGCCGCCGCUACUGCUGCUGCUGGCGCCACCUCUGCUGGUGCCGCUGCCGCUGCCACCAAGGAGCUUCCCGACCGUACCGCCGCCCCCAAGAAGGAGGGCGCUGCCGCCGAGGGCGGAAAGAAGAAGGAGAAGAAGGAGAAGGCGCCCAAGCAACAGAAGCAGGCUCCCGCCCCCGCCCCGCUGUCCCCCUCCCUCAUCGACCUCCGCGUCGGCCACAUCCUCAAGGCCGUCAACCACCCCGACGCCGACUCCCUGUACGUGUCCACCAUCGCCAUGGGCGACAAGGCCGGCGACGACACGACCGAGUACGAGGGCCAGGUCUGCCGCACCGUGUGCUCCGGCCUCAAUGGCCUCGUACCCCUCGAGGAGAUGCAGGGCCGCAAGGUGGUCGUCGUCUGUAACCUCAAGCCCGUCAAGAUGCGCGGCAUCAAGUCGUCCGCCAUGGUCCUCGCCGCCUCCCCCCGCCUCAAGGAGGGAGAGGCCGACGACCACAAGGGCCCCGUCGAGCUCGUCACCCCGCCCGAGGGCGCCGUCGCCGGCGAAAAGGUCUUCUUUGAGGGCUGGAACGGCGACGCCGAGGGCCAGCUCAACCCUAAGAAGAAGGUCUGGGAGACCAUCCAGCCCGGCUUCACCACCACAGACGACCUCGAGGUCGCCUUUGACGCUGCCGUCGUCGAGCAGCUCGGCAAGUCUGGCCUCGGCAAGCUCGUCACCCAGUCUGGCGGUGCCUGCACCGUCAAGACUCUCAAGGGCGCCGUGGUCAGGUAA